CAAAUUUCCACCACCGUUUGCAGUGCGAUCCCGCACAUUUCUACCACCCGCUUUAAAGCGAAAUCCCGCAGAGUUCUACCACCGUCUGAAACGCGAUCCUGCCAAUUUCUACGGCCCUUUUAAGCGCCGAUCCUGCUAAUUUUUACCACCGUUUGAAGCGCAAUCCUGCCAAUUUCUACGACCGCUUGAAGCGCAAUCCUGCCAAUUUCUACCACCGUUUGAAGCGCAAUCCUGCCAAUUUCUACGACCGCUUGAAACGCAAUCCUGCCAAUUUCUACGACCGCUUUGAAGCGCAAUCCCGCAAAUUUCUGCGACCGCUUUAAGCGAAGUCGUGCAAAUUUCCACGCCCGUUUUAACAAAAUCCCGCAGAUUUCCACGCCCGUUUUCAUCCCCCAAAUUUCUACGACCGUUUCAAGUGAAGCCCCGCAAAUUCCUCCGACCGUUUUAAGUCUGCAAACUUCAAAGCCCGUUGUAACCAUGUGCGACCGAAAAGCCGUGAUCAAAAAUGCGGAUAUGUCGGAGGAGAUGCAGCAGGACUCGGUGGAAUGUGCCACUCAGGCCCUGGAGAAAUACAAUAUAGAGAAGGACAUAGCAGCUCAUAUCAAGAAGGAGUUUGACAAGAAGUACAAUCCCACCUGGCACUGCAUUGUGGGGAGGAACUUCGGUAGCUAUGUGACACACGAGACUAAACACUUCAUCUACUUCUACCUGGGCCAAGUUGCCAUUCUUCUGUUCAAAUCCGGUUAAAGCAUGGACUAUGAGAUCCACCGAUCCAUCCAAAAAAGGACUGCAGCCGAAAUUCCAAAUACCAGAGACUGAAAUCUUCAGCCUUGCCAAGGGAACACCUUGCUCUCGAAGCCUUUAUUGUGCUGUUGUUGUUGUUGUUAAUGUACAGGGGUCUCCUGUGUACUAGUCUGUUCAUCGUGGCUAUAAAAUAAUUAGCAAAACAA